AUGUCGUCCUCGGGGGCGCGCUCUGGUGAGCGCAUGGUGCAUCAAGACUUCAUCGCGCGAAUUCGCUUCUCCAAUGCCCUGCCUCCGCCACCCAAUCCGCCUAAGCUGCUGGACAUCCCUAAUAUGGGCCUGGCGAGUGGACAGUAUACGACUCCUGGAUUCGCUUCGCGGCUAGCGAGAGAGCAGCCGCUGAAUAUCGAGGCCGAUGCCGAGCUCGGCAUGCCCUUGGACUUAGUGGGCAUGCCCGGCGUGUUUGACGGCGAUGAACGAUCUAUCCAGGCUCCCGCACAAGCUCCCGCCGUCCACCCUCACGACAGGGCACUUUUGAGACCUAUCGCGGCUCUCGGCAAGCCCAAGGUGGCCGAAGCAAACGUAUCCUUCCUCCGGCGAACAGAAUACAUCUCGUCAUCGACGCCAAAGAGACACGAGGGGGGCAACCCGCGAGCCCUGCUCGCCAAGGCACGGAAGCCUCAACGACAUGCCCCCGAAGCUGCAGCCGACUCGCCCCAAGUCAUCAAACGCAAGAUCGACCAUGGCUUUGAUAUUGCCCAGCAGGACCUCAAAGAUCCCAAGCGAAUCAAGCACCCUACAAAGAAGCACCUCAAGGUCGUCCAGGCCAUCCCCCUCCUACCAGACCUCUACGCCUUCCCCGAUUCCGGCGCCUACGUCACGGUCAAGUUCCAGACCAAUCCCGUCGGCAAGUCAAACAAGUACGACACGCGUCUUCUAAGCGGUCUGCUGCGGCCGAUAGAGCGCACGGCGGCCGAGGACGCGGCUUACGAGGCUGCCCUCGAGGCGCACGAGCAGGAUCCCGAAAACAACCCCAAGCCUCAAAACUUGAUGAACUACGAUUUCUACCUCGGACAGAGCAGCUCUGUAGCGGACAACUUCCGCCGCAAGUUCGAUGUCGACGACCCUGACCAUGACGGCGAAGAGCUGUACACGCACCAGGGCGAGAGCGGUGGCUAUUUCCAGUUCAACAGGGUCCGAGCAUACGAGACCUCUCACGAGACCGAGCUCGAUCACCCUACCAAGUACGAGGACGAGGUGAUCCUUGCGUACAACGACGAGGAUACCUAUCCGAAACAGAAAGCAAUGUACUACUACCCCGUCAUGCAAAAGUCAACCAUCCGGCCGCAGCGAACCAAGAAUAUCGCCCGAACGAUUGGUAUUUCCGAAGAGGAGGAGCAAAUCGUCGACCAGCUGGACAUCACCGUCGAUGACCCAACCGAGGAAAUGCUCGAUGCCAUGAGGAAGUACGAGCAUCACCCUCUUGGUUGGGAGCAGGAAGCGGAGGAGGAGCCCGCGCAGGACCAAGACGCUGGUGAGGCAGACGGUGAAGACGCAGAGGCAAAUGGUAGCGAAGGGGCCGAGAGACGCUCGCCCUCCGGGGAAAGAGAUGCGGAAGCCGAUGAGGAUGAGGACUAA